AUGCCGGAACCGUCAAGGAGGAGAGCACCGCUGUACAGCGAAGUAGCAGGGAGUGACCCGAGGGAGGGGACACCCGCCAGUAUCGCGAAAUCAUACAGCGUCUUGCUGAACGACUCACAUAUGCAACAACAUAGGGCGUCCAAGUCCGUCUCCGACUGGCUCACCACUGCGGGGGAAAGCAGUUCCGAUGGCGAGGGCGAAGAGCAGGGACAGGGACGCUUGAGAACCUUCCAGCAUAGGAACGCCAGCGGGAACACACUCUCCACGUCAGUAUUGCUAAAUACGGCCGUACAACCGGGCCUCAUCGAGGAAUCGAUCGAAACAGCAGCGGAACAACUCAAAAGCGACUUCGCGUGGGGGGAACACCACCGCCAGAACUCGCCCACAUCACUCAUCAACUUCCCAUUGCACGAGUUCCACAUACCGCGAAGGUCAAUGCUCCCGUCCCCCUCGCACAGGAUAGAGUCGUCGACUCCAUCGGCAAGCAGACCCAGGAAACCGCUAGUGUCACCAAUAUUUAAUGCACCGUCAUCACCUUCCAUUAGCGAGGACCCCUGGAUCCAUACUGGAAUACAACACGCGAGCAGCUCAGACGUGUACGAGAACGAGAAACCGACCAGAGUCGCAUCUUCCCCGCUAAGAGAGUUCUCAAUGGGAAACCCCCCCCACCAGUACGACGACGACGACGACGGAGAGACUUCAUCAGUGAUCUCGGACAGUGAGUCCACAGCAACUGGAAGGACACCCUACCAUUCCCAGAGGAUAGACUCGUCGUCGAUGGAAUCGCUUAAGUUGCAGGACUGCUCCUUCAAAGACAUAUUCGACCCGGCAAAAGUAUGCCUCGUCCUCGUCGCCGGGUUGCUCGUCCCACCAUCGCUGUUCAUCGUCUACUUUUGUAAGGGGGACGGUAUGCUUGGGUCAGACUACAACGUGCUGAGGCUCAUCCUCAACGCAAACCACCGUGCCGCUGUGCUGAAGGGGUUCAUCUGGGACAUCGAUGUCGACUGGUUCAGAAACUGGUGCCUCUUGUUAGCCAUCUUGGAGACACUGCUCGUCCUUGCAGCGGUCGCCAUUGCAUUCGGUGUUGGGUUAACACGGUGA